AAUGUACUCCGUCAGGACAUAGAACCUGUACGUGCAGUGAAAAACCUAUAUUUUUCCGGCCCGUUGCAGUGAAAAUUUUAAAAAGAGUACUAGUUGGUGUUUCCGGUUGAUGUGCGUAUAUUCAACAUUUCUAGAUAUCAGGACACACGAUAAUUCAGUUUCCACAACACUCCAAUCGGGUGAAAAAUCAAUUGGAAAAUUACCCCAUCCCCUAAGGUGAAAGGUACGAAGCGAAGGAAAACUGUAACGAAAACACAAGGUGAAUAUAGCAUACUGGAAUGCUUUCUAGCAGAACGAAGUCAGAGCAUAACCACAAACACAGUCGAAAACCAGUAUUUCCGUAUUGCGCAUGCCUCGCGUACCGAAAUUCACCACUCUCGAGUAAAACACAUGUGUUGAACCCUUAAAACAGAGCGCUCGCCAGAAAAAGGCUCUCAGUUUUCCGUGAACUACCGAACUGGCUCGAGAGCAUCGACAAGACUUCGAUGGGAAACUCUUUGCUGCUGGCGGAAAAAAGUGAAAACUGUUAUUUUUUCCUGUUAUUGCAGCAGUUCAGUGCAGAAACGACCGAGAGAUUAACUAGGAUCAAAGUCGUUUCCAUAUUUAUGCAAAUUGAUACUCGCACAGGGAAGUGAAUCCGUCCUGGGGUGUAAGCGAAAACCGACUUUCGGCAUUUUUCAACUCAUCCGCAAGUACCGAUUGGGGUCGACAGAACCGCAGUGGCGUGAAACUUUACAGCGAAAGAAACUAUUUCAAGGAUUAAAUCGCUUUUCCGUGUGGUACUCCCGACGCGUCACAGGCGCCAGACCCCCCACCGCAGUGUAGUGUAAUUCUCAGCCUUAUCGAUGCUUUGGUGCUUCUCUUUAUCCACAACACGAAAGUGGUGAGCAAAGGUUUCGUGUGUAUACGCAGUGAAAUAUUAGUAUCACCCAAAAAAAUAAGAACCAACACCGAAGUGAGAGAGGGAUUGAGCAAGGACGAACAAGCAGUAAAUUAUACACGACGUCAAUAGGCAUAGUGGAAAGCAAGGCACGAAUUCAGAGCCUCUGAACCGGAAUCCUGGUGAAUAUGUCGAACAAGGUUUCAACAAGUUAUUGCUGUGCAACUCGCUGCAGUUUCCCCCGGUGUUAGUGAUUCCGUUCGAGAGGGUGAUGGGAAUUUCGCCACGGGACGCGGGAAAAGUGCAUUGUUAUACUAACCAGAAUCAGCUGGAAAAUAGGGCUGAUGAAUAAUUGAAAAGCGGCUCAGCCAACCGCCGACUGGAGAAGUGCUGCACGUGUGAUUUCGCCUGAAUUCCGACGCACAAGUUUGGUGUUGGUGUGCCCAUGAAUCGAACACCAGGUUCAAUGGUUUAAGCUUGUUAAUAUGUAAUCAAGUUAGGUUUUUUUUUUGAAUUUGACGAAAGUUCUCCUCUCGGUACGGUUAACACAAAACAAGCUACCGACUGGCCGGCAAUUUCCAUCGGGGUUGUUACGUAUAUUGCGUGAAGCUCUACACAUCAAACAAUGUAACUCACCAAAACUCGAUUCACACCAAGGAAGAACAUUGCCGCAACCGAGCUCUCCGCCAUUCCUCUGCACUGGAGCGAACAGAAAAAAGCAUACUACAGCUGCAGUUAUGCCCGAUUCAACUUAACAGAUCAGCAGCCGUUAUUAAAUGCAUAAAUUUUAUCCUGACCAUCGCCCUUGCCUUGUGGUCAGCAACGCUCUCUCGGUCGUUCCCGUGCCCACGUUUGUCCAUCGGAGUGCAACGCGAGGCUGUGCCGUUACUUUGGAAGAAACCAGGCUGUAGUUUGAAAGUGGAAUGCAGUGAAUACCCAUCGGAUGCUUCUGGUUCGGUGAAACGGAGCCGACUGCGGAAAACGUUGAGUGUGUGUAUGUGUGUGUGUCGAAGUGUGUAUCUGCAUCAGUGUGUAUCUACGUUUGCAAUUCAAAUCAAAUCAAUAUUGGCGAUGUGCUCCAAACCCAGCCAGAACAGCAGCAGUAACGUUCUGAUAGUCGGUGCUCUCUUUUUAAUAAUUGUAGAAAUAAAUCAAACUGAUUGCAAUUCCAUACUGCCGAAUGUGGUUACGAGAGGGCGUAGUGGUAGCACUACAACAGCGACUGUAGCGGCAACGACUGGAUUGGCCACUAUCAGCACCCAGUCUUUAGGUGGCGAUGAGAUCGGUACUAACAACAGCAGCAAGAAUGGUCACCGGUAUGAAGAAACGACGACCGGCUACUUGGCAGCUUCCGAAAGACCGACCACUGUCGACAGCACCCAUUCCACCUACAAGGCAUCCAGCAGCCUAGCGGCUUCGUCCAACACCAGCAGCCUGGGCAACGGUUUCGAGGGUCAGAUACCGUUGGAACGAUUACCAUCCAAUACACUGCUCAAGUAUACCGCUUAUAAGGACGUUUCGAUUCUACAUUUCCGUAUACCGACAGACACCCGUACAGCCUUCUUUAGUUUUAAGGCAUACGAGGAAUCUAAAAGUGCCUUUCAACGUGUGUGUCAACCGAACGACAUUACGUUACACCUGAAAGCUGGCAGCUAUCCAGUGAUUAGUCCGGAGAAUAUAACGUUCCCGAAGCAUUUCCUGCGGACCGACGAAAGAUUCGAGAUACAUAAUUUACAAUUUAAAUCCGACAGCAUAACGCGCCGGCUGAGCAUAGAUGGACCACAUCCGGGCAAUUGGUUUGCCGUGGCGUUUAUCAGCUGGACGGAUCCAAACAACGAGCGGAUCGAGCAGCAAGGUCUCGCUCCAUCCUGCGAAACGCUCCUAAUGUCCGAGAUGUCCGUGGCGCAGGCGGUACCGACGAUUCUGAAUGCACGGCAAUCACACACGGACACGAUCAGCAGCAAUCACACCGAACCAAGAAGCUACAAAUUUUUCAUUCCCAGCGGUAUCGCAGUGGUUUCGUGGCAGCUUCAAAUCACCAAACCGUGUAACGACUGCAGCGACGUGAGCUUCUUCGUCCAGGCCCAAUCACUUCCGACGCGCAAGGAUUACCUGGAGAGUGCAGUGUUCUGUCCGAACCAAACGGAUCCGUUUAGAGUUGAGUUCUACCCCCAGGAGAACAGCUGGCACUAUGCUGAUAUAGGCUUUGUGAUCGAUGAUGACGGGCACUCGAAUAGGACGGUGAACGAUACUAACGGGGGUGCUGAAACGAAAUUUUUAGAACUAGAGUAUACCAUCGUGGUUGAGUUCAACACGAUCGAAGAAGGUCAAUCGAAACCAGUAGGUGACGAGACGGUGAGAUCAUCGAACGAAAAAGUGCUAACCCGAAGAUCGUUCGAUUACUAUCCACUACUUCGUCAGACGUAUCGCGAGUUCUUUAUGUUUGAUUAUGAUCUUUUACCCGAUAUCAACGGAACCGUACCGUUGACCUUGAACCUUAGCGCCAACACUCCUGCUCUGAUGAAGUUCGACGUGAAUGAUGUCUACGACAUUGGUGGAACACUGAGUUUUGCUGUGGCUAUGCGACAGGAUAUGAAAAGUACUUUAAUCGAUGCACAUCAAGCGAACAGCAACGAUCAUGUAGGAGUUGUUGCCGAAAAGUUGAUAGAUGUUCAAGACUUCAUCGAGGAGACCACUACGACUACAACUACAAGCACGACAGCGGCUCCAGCGACGGGUGGGGUGAAGGAGUCGAACAAAACUAACCAGACGGUAAUCGUUUGUAUGCGACUUGGUGAACCAGGAGUGCCAACCUGGCCGGAUAAAUGCACCUACGCAAGACAUACCUUCCCGGCUGCCAUCAUCAUUAACAAUACGGACUCAGAUACCAGUACAGGGUUGGUGCAUAUUCCGUUUCCGGAGCCUGGCAGAUGGUUCGUAACAUUAGGGAUAUUCUGCCAGGGAUCGGAAAUGGCAGCCAAGAUUACGAUCAUAGAUAGUGUGAAGGAGUUUAUCAAGAAAAAUCGAGCGAUACUGCAGAAUAUUAAGCGACCGUGCUCUUGUGCUGAAUCAGCCUCCAUUUACUAUCAAUGUCUUGGCGAAGAAGCGUGCUUGGUGAGUCUAAACGAAACGGAAACGCUCAAAAUUAAAGAGUGCAUAAUGGAUUCCAAGUGCACCGAACACUCAGAUAAGAUGGCGCGGAAGUUUGAAGCUCACCACAAGUAUGCUACGGAACAAAGUGUUUCGGCUGAUGGCACUUGUAACGGCAGCGUAGUGUUCACAAUAUCAUCCAGCCCGUGUGUUGCGGGAAGAUGCGGUAGAUUUGGUCGCUGCUACCAUUAUAUGUCCGGUGGUUUUGUAUUUUCAACGUGUCUGUGUUUACGUAAUUACCGCGGGUGGGAUUGUACCGAAGACUCGCAGGUUCCGUCCAGUGCAUCAAUCUUGCUCGCCUCGCUGAUGUUGACGUUGUCUAAUCUAUUGUUCCUACCGAGUAUUUUCUUCGCUAUCAAACGAGGUUACUACACGGAAUCAAUUAUAUACUUCUUUGCGAUGUUCUUUUCUACAUUCUACCACGCCUGUGACUCUGGCGAGGAGGAGUUUAGCUUCUGUCUCGUCAAAAUAGGGGUCUUACAAUUCUGUGAUUUCUACUGUGGCCUACUAGCAAUCUGGGUUACCUUAAUAGCAAUGUCCAAUGUAAGACAUCAAUUUGUCUCACUGCUGCACAUGCUGGGCGCCAUUCUACUGGCGUUCGGAACUGAACUGAACAAACAGUCCCUAUGGGUAUUCCUAGCUCCAGCGCUGACUGGAAUCUGUCUGAUCUCCGUCAGCUGGGGCCUACGAUGUCGCAAGACGCGGAAGUGUUUCCCAUCUCGAAACUAUUUGGCCAUUUGUCUACCAGUGGGUAGCGUUCUCGUUAUGGUUGGUCUCGUUUGCUACGCUUUCUUACAAACCAAACAAAACUACCAUAUCGUUCACUCGAUCUGGCAUAUGGUAAUGGCGCUGAGCAUUCUCUGCCUCUUACCGGGCCGGAAAACGUUCCAACCAAAAUGCUAGCAUACGGUGUUGAUCUACCUUUUCAAUUCCGCCUCGCAUUCGUCCAACACGAUGUCAACGGCAACCACUUCUGGAACGACUCCAGCGCCUACUACUACAACAACUGAGGAAGUAUCCACCAGCGUUGAAUCUCGUGGAAAUAUAUUUACCAUACCGGCAGCGUCCGUUGCCAUCCGUAGUC